CUGGAGGCGUUGGGAAGAGUGCACUUACUAUUCAACUUAUUCAAAAUCACUUUGUCGAUGAAUAUGAUCCAACCAUAGAAGAUUCAUACCGUAAACAGGUCGUCAUUGAUGGGGAGACGUGUCUACUGGAUAUUCUCGACACAGCCGGGCAAGAAGAAUACAGUGCAAUGCGAGACCAGUAUAUGCGAACUGGGGAAGGGUUCCUACUUGUUUUUGCUGUCAACAAUGCAAAGUCUUUUGAGGAUAUAAGUGCAUAUCGGGAACAGAUAAAACGAGUAAAGGACGCAGAUGUGGUACCUAUGGUUUUGGUGGGCAACAAAUGCGACUUGCAGGUGCGUGCAAUGGACAUGCAGCAGGCACGAGAAGUGGCCAAGAAUUAUGACAUUCCUUUCAUUGAGACCUCUGCCAAGACCCGCAUGGGUGUCGACGAUGCCUUCUACACUUUAGUAAGAGAGAUCAGGAAAGAUAGGGAACGUCGUGGGAAGGUUAGGAUUGGAAGUAGGAACAGCAAGAGGAAGUGCAUUGUGUUCUAGGAGGACUGUGUGUUGUGUAGACUAAAUAAGCCUAAUGGCAUUAAACCUAUUUGUUUCCAUAACUGUCAUGAAAGUUAACUUCAUGCCAGUGCCAUUUGACAACUAAAUUCUGCCACUUUUUAUUUUUGUUUAUUUUUUGUUGUUUAUUGUGUUAAUUUUGAUUCUUGUUCUGAAUAUUAUUAUUAUUUUUAUUAUUGUUACAAUUUAUUUUCAUUUUUUCUCAAUUGUAUAGCUUUAUAUUUAUUUUUUAUUUUCAUGUUUUAUUUUUUAUUUUUGUUUAAUUUUUUUCAUUUAUUUGUUUAUCUUUUUAUUAUUAAUUUUUGAAAGUUGGGAGGAGGAGGUACAGUUCUCGGAAUGCGUCACCUGAAAGGAUAUCUUCGCACCAACUUCCUAGCUACCGCGAGUCCAGAAAUUUCUCUCUCGACUUUGUGUGAAUCAGUGGUUAUGUCAUUCUCACUUCAGUUUUGUGUAAUUAUUAUACAGAACCUCAAUUGCACAUAACAUCAUCAAUAGAAAAAAAAGGACUCUGAAUGUUUAAAAGAAAAUUUUUCAUAAUGAUAAGCAAAAAAUUAACCAAAAAAUAAAAAAUAAAAAACAAACAAAAAAAAGAUAAGUUUAAAGAAUAACCCCCAACCCCAAAAUUGGCCGUCUUUGUCAGUCCAGAGUAAAACCUUGUGCAUGAUAUGAGAAAUGUUUUACAAAUAUUAUUAAAGGAAAAAAUGCAAAAAAUAAAAAAAUUAAGUAAUAAUAUUUCACUAACAAUGAAGGAUUCUACAAGCGCAAAGAGGAGUGAUUAAGCGAGUGAGCGGUACACAAAGAAGAAAGAAAGAAAGGAAAGAGAAGGAGAAAAAAAAAUGGAAGGAAGGAAAGAGAGAGAAAGACAAACGGCUAACAUCUGCAAGAAGCGGAAGAUGGGGCUAUGGCAACACUCCCAGAAAUGUCCGAUCUCCCAACUUUCCUUAACGUGCCCGUGUGGUAGAGUCAAAAAUAUUAAGUAAAGAAUUAAAAAACAAAAAAAAAAACUAAAAAAAAGUCUGAAAAAAAUAUAUAUAUAUUAAAAGUUUUAGAAACUUAGCUUGUAUGCUUUUUGUAUGUUGGAAUUUUCAAAAUAGUGUUUCUCUUUUUAUAUCGAUGAUGAAACUGUGGUCAGGUGGACAUGAGAGCAGUGGAAUAGUCAUUACACAAGGAAAAGAAGGAAAAACAAAAACAAGAAACUAUUGAACACCAAGCUUAGCUGGGGGCAAGUAGAACACAGGAGCACAAACUUUUGUAUAACAAACAAACAAACAAAAAAAAGCCAAUUGUGAUUCAACAGGGAAGGGCAUAAUUACAAAACAGUUAGGGUAAGAAAACUGUAACAGUUACUAUAGGUUCAUUCUUAAAAAGAGAGAGAGAGAGAAAGAAAAGAAUAUGAAUACAUAGAGACAAUUGUAAAUAUUGUUGAAUUAAAUUGUGAAUGCACAAAGCCACUGAACCUUAAAAACAUGAAAAGGAAUAAUCACGGGAAGACAAAAAGAAGAAUAGAAAAGAAAAAUAAGGCCUACUGCUCCUCAGGAGGGUGUGGACUUCAAUCCAGCUUACCCCUUUUUUUUUUUUUCUUUUUUUUUUUUUUUUUUUCUUUUCUUUUUUUUCUUUUCAUUGUUCUUUUUUCUUCUUUUUUAUAGUUGUUGUGUCAGCUUUUCAUAUCACUGUCAGGGUUUGCCAUUUAUUAUAAGCAUUGGAGACAGAAGCAUAGUUAUGGCACAGCAUGGAAGGUUUCCUUUUAAAAAAAAGUUGGCAGAAUUCUUUUUAAGCUGUUAUUUAGAAUUUCUAUUUUAUUAUUGCUAUGAAAAGAAAAGAGAAAACUUCAUCCACAUGGUUAACUAAGGUAAUCCAGGUUUAAUGUAGUUGCCCAAAAUAGUGGCCUCAUCUUUUUGACUUUUUGUCUUAUUUUUUACAUAUUAAUUAUUUUUUUAAUUAUAAUUUUUUUUUUUCCUAUUUUAUAUGCUUGAUCUGGGUUGCCUUUGUUUGCGGACAAUUGUAGCUGCAGUGUGUGCCUAACCUGGUUUGCCAUUUGUAUGGUUGACUGGACUGUCAGUAUUAAUAUUGAUAUUGACUCUAGAUGGAAGAAGUCUUGUAUUAACAGUAAGUGUCAACAUGAAUAUGGCUGGUGCAACUACCUGGAACAAAUCUUUUGUUUGGAUUCUGAUAUCAAGGAUAGAUAGAUAUGUUAUUGUAUAUGUCCAUUAAGUUUUAUUUUCACAUUUUUUUAUCAAUUAUUUUUCCAUGUUCAAAUACUAACAUGAAAAAUCAAGGAUUUUUCAUAUGAUCUAGUGUAUAUGUCAAUAAAAUUGGCUGGCUGUAGUUUUUCAACAAAUCACCCAUGGAAGUGUCAUACAGGUUGUAUUAUUAACGUGCAGUUUCCCUCAUGCACUCCGGCUUUCGAUAUAACCAACAUUUACCACCCACAAAGAAGCAACUGACGACUUUUGGAGGAAACAGAAGGCUGUCAAAGCAUUUGUUGUCUAAGAUGUAACACUAACAAUUCGAGAACAAAUUUUAAAAUUUGGGGUUUCUAUGAGUAAUUUAACUUUAGGCUCAAUAACUACUUAAAUGGUGUCUGAAAAAAAUAUAUAUCUAUAAUACCUCUUUCAUUUCUGUCCUAUUCCAUUAUUUUUGUUUGUAUUUUCAGCUCGGCAUUUUUUGCCUCUCAAAAACAGAAGUUCCUUUACCUCAGACUGCUCGAGAUUUUGUGAUGAUGGAUUACUGUUCACAUGACAGAUGCUGUACAUUUUAUGCAGAAAAGAGGAGAAAGAAUAAAUAAAUUGCAUCUUUACGUACUGAUUAUUGUGGAUUUAUAGAAAUCUUGCAUAUAAUCCCUCCCCCUUUUGUCUCGUAUCUCUCUUCUCUUCUCUUUUCCUUUCCCCAUCCUAUGCCUCCCCUUUUUUCUUUUUACAAUUUUUCCUUCCCCCUCCCUCAUGUCUGUCCUUUUAUUUUCUUUGUUGCAAUAGAUUUUAUUAUAUUUAUCAUAGCCUAAUCUGUUACUUGCUUAUUGUAUUUUUUUCUAUCCCCCCUUUACUUAAUUAGUUGGAUUUGAUUAUCAUUCUAUCAGAGAGCCAUUCAGUGCAGAGAUAUGUAAGUAUGCACAUCCUAGGGCAGUUGUAUGAAAGAUUAUUCUGAAAUGUUUAAAAGGUUUUGCAGUGUUGUUAUUGUAUGAUUUUUAAUGGAAUUAAAGAUGGUCACAAGUUCAUUUUUAUAAUUUUUAUUUUUGUGUAACAAUUUUUGUCUAGUUAGUAAAAGUCAUAUGUGCAAGAUUAACAGCUUAUUAACUGCGAUAUCUAACCAAAUGAAAAUUGAUCAUGUACCAAAUUUUCCUAAUUGACACCCCUUGGAAAGGAUUUGUGGGAGUUAUGAAUGUACGAUGUUCAUUACUAUUUCAACAGCAUGUUUAAUUUCAGAGCAGUAUGCUUCUGAUCAUUCACUGGAAGUAAUGAUGGCUGAUCUUUAUGCUUUACCAACCAGGAAAAUCAUUACCUAAACAGAAGUUUGGUGUUCAGGAUGAGAAACAGCCUCUUUUAACAAUUGGUGCAAAAGUGCUGAUUGUGUGUUCAAUCCAAUUGGAGCUAGUGUAAUGAGGCAUUAGAAUAAUGGUUCUUCCAUAAUGGAUAAAUGAAAGUUUUCAAGUAUUGAUAUGUCAUAAUUGACCCUUGAGUCUUCAUAGGUAAUUUCAAUUCUUUAAUGUAACUUGUCCUCAACCAGUUGGCUUGGUUUGAUAUCUGUCCUGGCAUAAACAGACAUCUUGCCAAUCCAAUGUUUAGGCCUGGUAUCUAACAGUACUAUCUAGAUAAACUGAUGUCUGUAUCAGUUGAUUUAUUUUGAAUGAGUCUUUGUUAACCCAUUGGUUGAGCAGGCAUCCUUAUCAACCCAAUUGUAUGCCAUGGCCCCCUUUUCUUUUUUUUCUUUUUUUUUCUUUUCUUUUUUUUUUCUUUUUUUUUUUUUUUUUUUUUUUUUUUUUUUUCUUUUUUGUCAUGUUGGCUUGGCUGGGACUCUAGUCAUUCCAUAUGUGGUCUUGGUUUGACAAGGGUUACACCUGCUCCCCUUUGCGUAUAGGAAAGAUUACUGAUAUCUAUGUGUUCAUUAUGUUAAGUCAUUACAUUUUGUCACUGAUUUGUGGUUAUUAAGGAACUGUGAUUGUUCAAAGGAAGCGUUUUCUUACCUACUACACUAAUGAUUUAAUAAAUUUAUGUUAAUAGAUUAAAGGAGUGCAGUGGGUAUCAUAGUAUGGGAUACUACCUGUCAUGAAAUUUCAUACUCUUAAUAAACCUGACUAAAGGAAAGCAGCACUAGUUAGUGAUACAUUAUCCAUAAUUUUUGUAUUAUUUAUUUUUCUUUUGAGAGUAGGCCCGCAUGUAUAUUUUCUUAAAAUGAACAAAAACAUUGAGCUUGAUGGUCUGUGCUAAAAUAUUUCUGUUCAUUACACCAUAUAACAUUUAUUAGACAAUCAUAAGAUGAUGAAAAAAAAACAUAACCCAUGUAUUUAUGAAUAGCAGAUUGCUGAUUUGAAGAUUAAUUUGCCUUUCCACAUAUGGUGACAAGAAGAAAUCAAAUAAGAAAGUUGCAGAUACCACCAUGUUUCAGGUGAUGCUUCAUUAUGCAGGCAGCCAAAGUAUCUCAGGAGUUCUAAGACUGGAUCCACAAUCAGAAAAUAUUUCAGACUUGCAAAUUUUGUUUCAACACUCAUGCAAGCGGAAUCUCAUGAAAAUAACCCAAAAAUUCUGUGUACAGAGAUGUCAGGUGCAAGACAUACAGAUUUGUUGAAGUUAAUAUUCCAUGUUACUUCAUGUGGCUUUUGCAGUAACUUGUUCUUGGUUCUGAUUUAUUUUUUAUUUUUGUUGAUUUUCAUUUAUAAUAAAAUUAUUAAAUGAAAUCAUCUUUGGCCUUAUUGAAUUUCAAGUGUUUAAGAAAAGCAUUGCAUAAUGCCAGCUUGAAAAGAAGAAAAAAAUUAUUGCAUUUCAGAUGGUGGCACCUAUUCAUGGCAAGGAUGUGCAGUACACUUUAUUUGCACAUUUUAGGUAAUACUAUUUUCAGUUUCUUUAUCAUCCUCUCCCUACCUCCCCUCUAUCUCACUCUCUCUCUCACCCUCUUUAUAAAUACUUUGUACAUCUUGUCUCUACUUGCAGUUUCCGUUUCCUCAGCUUCUGCCUAGCAGCUGUCAUGAAAUAUCUUGGGAAAAGUGAAUGUGAUUCUCCUUUCAUUAAAUUUAAUGAAUUUUUGUCUUGUGAGAAAUGCAUGAUGUAACUGAAUUUUUGUCUGUCAUUAUUUCAAGAGUUUAAUGUAGUUACUUGUAAAGAGUCAACUGAUGAAUAGAAUUUGAAGCAAUGGAUGGAAAAAGCACACCCAACACAAUAAUUUUCCAGACUGGAAAAACCCAUGAUAAUUCUUUUAUGAAACUAUUUUAUCUUCAUAUACCUUAUGGAUUCAUGCGAAAAUUAGUUUGAUGACCAAAGUUCAUGUGGAUCAUUAAUUAAUGCCUUUUAAGCUCUGCAGUUCUAGCAUGAAUUUUAUCUAAGCAAAUGGCAGUAUUCCAUAAUGAAUAAGCAAUUUAAAUGUAUUUGCUUUCUCCAUAACUUCUCCUAAAGUAAUACAGAAUAAAGAGAACAGUGUGUGCAGUGAACUCUGACAAAAAAUAGAUUAUUCAGUGCUAUGUGACCCAUUAACAUCUUGAUGCCAUAAUUUGAAUGCCUAUUGGUGUGGAGGUGAAAGCAUAAAAAAACACAAUUAAUCCUUAUUUGUAACAAUAGCAUUUUCUUGGCAAAUAAAGGAUAUUGGCAUGAGAUCUUUGAAAUGGUUGACAUUUAAUUUUCUUCAGACUAGGAAAACGGACAUGUACCAUCUAGGCCUUGACAGUUUGUCCACAAGUAUGUGAAUACAAUUCUAAUUAGUAAGCAAAGAAUGCCUAUGAAUCAAACACUAAUGAAAACAUGGUUGAUCAGAGUAUUUAGAAAAGUGAGUGGAUUGACAUUCACUCCUACUUACUUCACACUCAGUAUAGCAAAUGCAGCCAAGUUGUCGACUCGAAGAGGGAUGGGUAGACUUGCCAUAUUACGUGGCUUCUGCAGUGUGGAUGUUUUCGUUGUAUAUUAUUUUUUAUUAAUAUUAUUUUGUUUGUUGUUGCACAGUGCAGUAAGAAAAUGGGGAGUGGAUGUGUGGAUACCCUAAGGGAUGACCUCAUUCAGGCACUUUUAUAUUCUUUUACAGAAGCGGUGGCAAAUAUGUUAAUACUCAGUGGAUAAUUUUGGAAAAAAAAAAAUGUAUGUUUCAUAGAUUGUCCUGUUGUUUACUGGGUUGACUAGAAAUAGUUGUGUAAUGAAGAAAAAAUAUGAAUAGUAUUAGUUUUUAUUUGCUUGUUAAAAGUGGUGUAUGAGCAUUCCACGUGGCAAUGUAUGUGAAGAUUAAUGGCGAAAGAAGUGUAUCAGGCUUUUACUCAAGAAAUUACAUAUUGCUA